AUGUUGCCACACAAGCUGCGACGCAGCAAAAGCGUGCAACGGUUCGAGAAGGGCUUCUACUUCCAGCUAGCGGCCGGUCUCACGUCGCAGCUGGAAGUGACCUUGGGACUGAGGACCCCGGAAGAGGCGGCUCUGGGCCGCGAACUUUUCCAGGCUGCGGAGGCUGGCAACGCCAAGCAGGUGCGAAACCUGCUGGCAGAGGGUGCAGAUGCACUGCAACGUCAUGCAGCCGGACAAGUGCCCCUGCAUGUGGCCCGAAGCGCCGAGGUUGUGCGUGAGUUGAUGGCAGCAUGCCCGGCAGCUGCCGGUGUCAGGUCGUUUACCGGCCAGACGCCUGCGCAGCGCUACAUGACUCUCCACCAGAAGCUAGCAGAGGAGCUGUUGCUUGCCGUAGCGUCUCCUGCUGCCUUGGAAGGCUUGUUGGAGCAACGGGCGGGCAGAAGCCUGCUUGGCUUGAUGCAUCCUUCUUUGGCACGGGCUGUGCUGCAGCGGGCGUCUGGCCGAGUCACCUUUGUCCCCAGUGGUUUCGAGGCAGUGGCGGUGCUGAGCCAGGAUCCGCUGUCCUUGGGGGAGCUGCGAAGGCUUUGGCUUCGCCUGCCCAAGACCUUCGAGGCCCGAGUGCUCCAGCACCUCGUCCUCGAGGCCGCUCCGACUCCAGCCACGGCGCAGCAGCUGCAACGUGCCCUGGAGACUGUCCUGCGGCAUCUUUGCAGUGAGGAAGCCGCCGACCCUAAGCGGCACGAAGAGCUGGCUGAGCUGGCCGAAGGUCUCAUGCAGGUGCUUGGUGACCUUGGUGGCCUUUCCAGUCCGAAGUGGAGUUUGGCGACUCUGGCAGUCGAUCUUUGCAUCGAAAUGAACAAGAGGGAGCCGACAGCCUUCUCGCUCUUACUGGGGUGGCUGCCGAGCGCCUGCAGCAAAAGCAUCAUGCACAAGGACGACAUCGCAGUGCAGCAAGAUGCACUUUCCUGGCUGCUGCUCGGAUUCGCUACAAUGCCGUCAUGCAGAGCUCUGCCUCUCUCGGAGCUCUCCCGGCUUUUGGAUCCCGGCCUCAGUUGGCACAGCGAGGAGGAUCUCUGCUCCCAUGCAGUGGCAUUGCAAGCGUCGCUGGAGGGUUGCAGGUCCGUGGCCGAGGACAUGGUUUUGGCUGUGCAGUCUGUGCGGCAGGACAUGAAGGGUGUGGAACCACUGCAAGCUGCUAUGGCCUGGGCCCAUUGUGCGCAACUUUGGCAGCGGAGUGUGCUGGCAGAGGAGGAGGUGCAGAACCGGCUGCAGGAACUACUGAGGAGCUCCCCUGAGGACAUAGCAAUGUCGGAAAUACAGUUCCGAUGCCGGAAGGUUCACAGCUACUCGGAGGCUUGGCAGAAAGCGCUAGCAGCAUGGCCGCGAGCGAGUCAAUGCAGAUUGCCCGGACUGCUGGUUUGGGACCUUCUCGUCAUGGAUGUCGCCGUGCCAACGGCGAUGUCCCUCCGAACGGUACAUGACUCACUGCUUCGCCUCGAGUGGGCUUCGGAUGGUGCAGAAGUUCUCUGGUCGGCGAACAACUUUGACUUGGCUGACGGAGACCUCCAAGGAGUCACCACAGAAGGCUGUCUCAGGGAGAUCAUGCGUCUGCACACCAGACAUGGCUCCAUCCUGGUCGAUGUCCGUCUGCUGCUGUUGGUUCAGCCGGCGUAUGCCAGGCCUCUCAAAGUCCUCAGGUCCGUCCUGAGCGGCCAGUUUGAGACCUCGCAGAAACGGCGACGUCUCUGGGCUAGUCUCAUCCACUUCCUGCUGAGCGAACCAUCGGUACAGACCAUCGAGGCCAUGGAAUCGAACGAGGAGCUUCUGCUGUAUGCCGGCAUGCCGCUGUUGCAGAGGCUGCAGGAGCUGUCUACGGCCCAGAAGAAGCUGAGAGACGAGGCCAGAGAGGGGGAAGACCUGGCUGCGGCAUUGAAUGAUCGCGCGGCCUUGGCAGAGAAGUGCCUGAAGCGUUUGGACGCCUUGAGCUACCAAGCCUUCGAGACUUGCUUGUCACCGCGAACUGCGAGGAUGCAGACAUGGAAGACUGCGCCUGCGGCUGAAGACCUCUACAACGAGGAACCAUGGCACCCGGCUCUCUCCAGCUUGCAGCAGUAUUUGCACAAGGCAGCGCCAGCUGCUCCUGCCUUCGCACUCGAUGUUGCUGCGUUGGCCAGCCAGCGCUUGAAGGCUCUCCAGUCCUGA